CUACAUACGUUACAGAUUAAGAAGUAUUACACGACAGUUUACUUGACUAGUCAGUGGCCGGGAACUUGCUCACAAACUUCGUUCUCAACAUCUUCCUAAUCAUAUUCUUCAACUAUUAUAAACUAUACUUCAUAUAUACAAUCCGUCCUAUUCUUUUUUUUAAGUCAUCUGAUACAAUUUACAAUCAACUCGGACCGCCGAUCAAUCUCUUCGGUUGUGGUUGUGGCUUUCGUUAUGUUGAUGAGCUGAGGGUUGAUCCAACAUCCCAAACUAACCUACCAUAUGUAUUUCAGAGAGCUCAACAGGUAGAUUAAUCCCCUACUCCAAAGUUUAUAUAAAUGAUGUGAUCUCAAAGUCACGAGCAGGUGAAUUCAUUAACUACAAAUGCAUCCAGAAAGCUCACUCGGUAGCUGAAGGAACCGAACAAGAAUGGCAGAUAUAUACAGUACAGUUCAAUUCACUAUCCAAUUAUUGUAUCCUAUAAUCAAAGAUGAAGUCUCUUUAAUAAAUGGUUUGCGAGACCAAGUUAAAGAUAUCUGCAAUGAGCUGAAUAGCAUGUUAGCAUUGCUAAAGGAUGCAGAUAAGAGGGCCGAACAAGGGGAUGAGUCUGUAAAAGAAUGGAUAAAACAAGUAAGAGCAUUGGCUGAUGAGAUAGAAGAUGUCAUUGAAGAAUAUAAGUAUUUCCAAAAAGAAAAUGCAUUUGGUAAGGUGAUGCAGUAUAUGUCACUGAACGUACGAAGCAUUGCCUCCACCAUUGAGUCUUUGCGCGAAAGGGCUAAAGAACUCGGUAGGAGAAAAGACAUUAUGGAUAGCUGAAGUUGUUUCCUGUACUUUGGUUUGUUUCCGAAAGGUUGUCCUGUUGAUCGAAUGCAGCUCAUUAGAUUAUGGAUAGCUGAAGGUUUUAUUGUAAGAGAACCUAGCAGUAACUUGACACUCGAAGAAGUCGCUGAAGAAUACAUCAAUCGACUUAUUGGUAUGAACAUAGUUGAAGUUGAGCGCACUGAUGCUACUGGCAAACCUAAGACAUUACGAGUCUAUGAAUUCCUGCAUGAAAUAAUCCUUUCUAAGGUUAAGGAGUUGAAUUUUUGUCACGCUCUUCCAGAAAAGAACUCCAACAUUGCUGAUUCAAGUGUGGAGCCUCGACGAUUGUCCAUCAACAUAGACCAUAGCUCCAAUAAUGCAGUAGCGAAUCCAGCAAAGGAGAUUGUUAUCGGAAGCAAGUCGAACACCCGGUCCAUCCUGCUGAUAACAGAUUCAACAGCACCAGUAAAGCUACGGCCCAAGGUGUUAACUAAAGCAUUGAAUAACAAUCGCCAGCUGAAAGUUCUUGAUCUAUGUAAUGCUCCCAUAGAUGAACUUCCAAAGGAAGUGGGAAAGUUACUUAACUUGCAGUAUUUAAGCCUAAGAAAUACACGAGUUAAAAGGAUUCCAAGCUCUAUUGGUAAGCUUCAAGAUCUCCAAACAUUGGAUUUGAAACAAACUCCCAUUCAUGAGCUUCCCGCUGAAAUCUACGAGCUCCACAAACUACGUCAUCUUCUUGCAUAUUGCUACGAGCAUGAUCCUGCUUUUAGUCUCCACACCAUGAAGACGAUAGGAGUGAAGUUACCAAAGAGGGUAUUGGAGAAUUUUGGGGAGCUACAGAAGCUGGCAUUUGUUGAUGUGGAGCAUAAUAGUACUGUGAUCAAGGAGCUAAGAAAUUUGAGGCAGUUGAGAAAGCUAGGAAUUGUUGGGCUCAAGUUAGAAGAUGGGAAAGAUCUCUGUGUUGCAAUUGAAAAGAUGGAAUGCCUUCAGUCAUUCAGUGUAUAUUCAAAAAAUAAAACUGAAUGGAUGGAUUUAGAGCAUUUCCAGUUGCCUCCUUCAACACUUAAACACCUCUAUCUGAAUGGACCGUUGAUACCACCAUUCCCUAGCUGGAUCCUCGAGCUCCACUGCCUAGUGAAAAUUCGUCUAAGGUGGUCAUGCUUAGACGAUGUUGAUCCUCUUGAAUGCCUGGAAACAUUGCCUAGUUUAGUGGAACUUCAGUUGUUGGAUGCAUAUUGUGGUGACACUUUAAAAAUUAGCGCCGCAGGGUUCAAGAAGCUUAAGAUUCUCCAUCUCCUUGAUUUGCAAGCUCUGGAGACUUUGACUAUAUACAAAGGUGCUUUGCCUCUACUUCAGCAUAUGGCAAUCGGCGUAAGUCCAAGACUGCAGGUGCCACCGGUAAUCAAGUACCUCCCGAGGCUAGAAACACUCACUUUCUUUGAUACACCAUGGGAAUUUGAUCUUAGUCUUCUACAAGAUGGGCAAUAUCAUUCCGUUGUCAAACAUGUACCUAAUGUUAGAUUUCUAAAGAGUGGCCAAAGGUUCUAGCAAACAUGAAAACAUGCAAAAGCAGAAUAAUACACAAUAUAAGCAAAUUCAUAUUGA